GGGAGAGAGAGAGAAGGCAAAUGCUCCCCCAGCUGUUUCCUGUCUACAGUGUCUGUGUUUUGUAGAUAAAUGUGAGGAUUUUCUCUAAAUCCCUCUUCUGUUUGCUAAAUCUCACUGUCACUGCUAAAUUCGGAGCAGAUAGAGCCUGCGCAAUGGAAUAAAGUCCUCAAAAUUGAAAUGUGACAUUGCUCUUAACAUCUCUCAUCUCUCUGGGUUUCUUCUUGCCUCGUUAUUCCUGCUCACCAAUUCACUUCCAGACUUUGUACUGCAGAAGCAAUGGGAAAAAUCAGCAGUCUUCCAACUCAAUUAUUUAAGUGCUGCUUCUGUGAUUUCUUGAAGAUAAAGAUACACAUCAUGUCAUCUUCACAUCUCUUCUACCUGGCCUUCUGCUUGCUAACCUUCACCAGCUCUGCUACAGCUGGACCAGAGACCCUCUGCGGGGCCGAGCUGGUGGACGCUCUUCAAUUCGUGUGUGGACCGAGGGGCUUUUACUUCAACAAGCCCACAGGCUAUGGCUCCAGCAUUCGGAGGGCGCCUCAGACAGGCAUUGUAGAUGAGUGCUGCUUCCGGAGCUGUGAUCUGAGAAGGCUGGAGAUGUACUGUGCCCCCCUCAAGCCUACAAAAUCAGCCCGCUCUAUCCGUGCCCAGCGCCACACUGACAUGCCCAAGACUCAGAAGUCCCAGCCCCUAUCUACAAACAAGAAAAUGAAGCCUCAAAGGAGAAGGAAAGGAAGUGCAUUUGAAGAACACAAGUAGAGGGAGUGCGGGAAACAAGAACUACAGGAUGUAGGAAGAGCCUACCAAGAAGCAGAAACUGAUGUGCGACAGCAGGAUCCUUUGAUCUACAUCAGCAACCGGCAAACAUGGGAACGCCUACCAAAAAAUAACAAUAAGAUGAAUAACAUUUCAAAGAUGGGCAUUUCCCCCAGUGAAAUACACAAGUAAACAUUCCAACAUGGUCUUUAGGAGUGUUUGUUAAAAAAAAUAAUAACUUUGCACCUUGCAAAAGUGAUCAUGCAGUGGGUAGAUUGCUUUUGAUCCUUUAUCAAUACGUUCUAUAGAGAAAAAGUAUAUAUAUAAUUAUAUCUUCUAGUCCCUGCCUCUCAAAGGCUGAAAAUGCAUGGGUGUUGUAUAGUUCCAGUUGCACUAAAUUCCUCUCUGAAUUCUGGCUGCUGAAGCCAAUCAUUCCGCAACUGUGUAUAAGUGGUUUAUGAAUUACUCUCUUAUUUUUAUUUUUCCCCACACAGCUCAAGCUGCUUGUUUUACAGAGUUUAACAAUCUUGUCUAUCUCCAUUAGCCCUGCCCUUUCCUAACAUGUAUUUGUUGAAUUUGGCCUCCUCAAAAGCAAUAGCAAGUAAGUAGUCAACUGGCCCACCAAGUUUUAACCCAUCUGAUUCCAUCUGUGGCAUUUGUACCAAAUAUAAGUUGGAUGCAUUUAUUUUAGACACAAAGCUUUAUUUUUCCACAUCAUGUUACAAGAAAAAAAUAGAAUGACAACAACUGCAAUUUUGAGGCCAAUCAUUUUUAGGUGUGUGUUUGAAACAUAGAACGUCUCUUUGAAUCUUGAUGGUUCCUUCAAAUGAUAAGUUAGUAUGUAACCUCAAUAGCAACUUCUCUCUUUUUAUUUUUCCAUAUAGAGCACUAUGUAAAUUUAGCAUAUCAAUAAUACAGGAUAUAUCAAACAGUA